AGUUUAUAGUUGAUAGUUCUAUUCUCAAAUGUACUUAGAGAAAGGCAUCAACUCUACUCACUUGACCUGAGUUGUUCACAUCUUUCUUUCCUUUUUCUUUCAGCAUUUGAUUUUCUUCUUAUUUUUUCUUUUGGUCUGUUCUGAAUUCUGAUUGAAAGUUGGAUUUUUCUGCAUGAAGAUCCCAAUAGAUUCUCUUGGUAAGAUUUAUAAGGGAAGUCAGUAAAAAAAACACAGAGGAUCUUGUUCACUGCCCUUUCCUUCUUUCGAAAAGUUAGGCUUACCAAGAGACCGUAAUAAGUGAAAUACUCAAUAGAUGAAGGCUCAACUUGGGAGAUCUCUAAAAAGACAAAAUGUCAGCCUGUCUUAUUCUCUGUCUCUUUUAAGGCUUUGCAUACUACCCUUGUAUUCCUGUGGGUCUUUGGUUUUCCAUAAAAUCUAAUAUUAUUGAGACCAUUUCAAACAUAUUGAGAUAUCCUUGCAGAAUCUGAGGCAAGUUCUGAUUUUGGUGGCUCUUCAUCCAUUCAGAGAAAAUGGAGAAGACCCAUUUGUAAAGAAGCCACCUUGAGAUGUUUUUUUGGUUUUGAUUUUUGGGUGUUAUAGGCAAAUCAUCAAUGGAAAAUGGUAGAUAUGGUUUAUACAGGCAGAGCAGUGGUCUGUGGAGGUCCUUGAGAGAUGGAGACUUUGAGGAAGAAGAUGUUUGGGCUGUUCUCAGAGAUAGGACAGAUUCGACUUCCAUGAUUGGCAAAUCCAAAGAACCUUCUACUUCUGUUCCUAGACCACUCCCAAGUGCUUCAAGAAUGAUACCAAGGGCUACAAAUAGUAGUUGUAGUAGUAAUGGAUCUUCUCAUGAACCCAAAAUUGUUCAGCAAUCAGCACCUGUGAACAUUCCUGACUGGUCAGCGAUUUAUGGAAAGAAGUCAAAAAAGGCCUCUAAGAAUGCUUCAUGGCAUGAUGAUGAUGAUGAUGAUGAUCAUGGGGUUAUGAAUGAUGCAGGGGACAGUGAUGAAGAUGAGGAUGAGGAUGAGUACAAUUACAGGUUACCCCCACAUGAAAUUAUUUCUAGGAGGCUUGCAAGAAGUCAGAUAUCUUCUUUCUCUGUUUUUGAAGGUGUUGGGAGGACUCUGAAAGGAAGGGACCUUAGCAAGGUGAGGAAUGCUGUCCUAACAAGAACUGGUUUCCUUGAAUCACCUUGAAGGGCCUAUGAAAUUCCUUAUGCUAUUUUACUUUUUCUUUCUGUGAUUCUAUGUACAGGGGCUUGUGGUGGUUCUUAGUCUUGGAGGUUGUAUUAUAUGUGGUUUGUGUUUAGGGUGUGAGAAAUCAGAAAUCCCUUUUAAUGUAAAAACAUUAAUUGGUCCAAUUUCCAAUGGUACCUUCCCUUUGAUAA